UGAGCGCGCGCUCGGGAUGUGAAGUGCUUUAUCUUCAGCAGGUACAGUUCCUGUCACUCUCACACUGUUGCGUUUGACAGCGCGCGUGGCUAUUCGAGCGCUUUUUUGGGGGGAGGGAACUUGGCUUUUGCGCGAACAGUUAAUACUGUCACAGAAUGAAACUGGAAGUUUUCUGCGGGGGUCACUACGACUCCAAGCCCGUGGAGCUGUGCAGCGACGCCGAGGGCAGUGUCCCGUCGCCGAUGUCCGCGGAGGACGAGCUGGGCUCGGAUGGAGACUGCGUGGCGCACAGUCCCGCACCUGUUCCUCCGGACGCCGAGAGCAAAGCCAAGCCCUAUACGCGGAGACCCAAGCCCCCGUACUCUUACAUCGCUCUCAUCGCCAUGGCCAUCCGGGACUCGGACUCAGGCCGUCUCACUUUGGCUGAAAUCAAUGACUACCUCAUGAAAAAGUUCCCGUUUUUUAGGGGCACCUACACCGGCUGGAGGAACUCAGUGCGGCACAAUCUGUCCCUGAACGACUGCUUUCUGAAGGUGCUGCGGGAUCCCUCCAGGCCGUGGGGAAAGGACAACUACUGGAUGCUGAACCCGCACAGCGAGUACACCUUCGCGGACGGAGUGUUUCGCCGGAGGAGAAAGCGCAUCAGCAAAAAAACCGGCAAGGAGCCAGAGGGGCCGAGCCAAGCUUCCGCAGGGGACACGUGCAGGGACUCUAUCGCGACGCCUCCUUCCAGCGUCAAGUUCACGAGCUCUUUCGCCAUUGACAGCAUCCUCAGCCGACCUUUCAGGAAAGAGGAACGCCCUGUUCACAAACCUGACACCUGGCAGGGGGGAGUGGACAUGAUGCCCUAUGUCAUGCGGGGCUCCCCUGUCCGAUCCUAUGGGUCUCCCGAGAACCCUGCGAUCAGCUGCCGUCACCAACGGGACUUUUUCCCUUUCCUGCCCCCAUCCGAGUGCCUCUCGAUCCCGCACAACCCCGUGCCCGCGUACAGCCCGUUCAGGAUUGAGUAUUUGUUGUCAUAAUAUUGCUGGUCUAGGGUGGGGAACUUCGGCACUUUCUGAGCACUCGUGACUUGACACAGACAUUUUCGCAAAACACAUUUCACCCGCCUGCAUAAAUCGCCUUAAUUUGCUCCGGGAAGUUUUGUGCAAAAUGAAAAGGAGUGAAAAGACAAAGUUGUGAACUAUUUAAUGUACUAAUUUUUUUUUUGUGCUACUGAACGGUUAU